AAGUCGAGUACAUGGAAGAUCAUCUACAUCGUUCACUCACACCCAACUUUUGAUCUCAUAGUCAUACAUUCCAGCAUCAAGAUGAAGCCCCAGCUGUUCUCCCUUUGUCUUGCGGCAGGCAUUUCUGCUUCUCCAGUGCAGCUUUCCACUGGCCAAUGCACAACAAAGAUUGACAAGUUCGACGACCUGACCAGCAGUCCGGUUCCUUUUCUGUUUCAGAACGACAUCGGAGCGUACAAUGGCUUGUUGUAUGGCAGAUUUGCAGCUAUGGGCGCAACAGGUCUUAACGGCGUGGCCCCGAAGUCGCCCAACAAUACGGCUGGAGUCGGUCUCACAAGAACACUCACGGCUCCCAUCUUGGAUUUCCUGACUGGUGCUGGAAGCACGAUCCCUGUCACAUUAUCCCCCUUUGGCACCAUCUCUGCGCCAGCAGGAAAAUAUUUCGACCUUGUUGAGUUCUACUUCGGCUGCAGACUCAAUGCCGUUGCAACAGUCGUUGUGCCUGCAGUACGAUGCGAUUUCAGUGCUACCGGGUUCAAUUAUCUGGAUCAGCCGUGUCUGAAGAGUCUUUCACUUAUGCGCCUGUCACUGGUACCGGGCCUCUGGGUCCCAUUUUGAAUGCCGAUAUGAGUUUCAAGCAAUUUGACAAGUUCAGAAAGAUGAAGAAUGUUACUAUCACUUUGGCUAGUUCGAGCACGUUGACCGCUGCGGUCGUGCUGAUUGACAAUGUCAAGCAUUGUGAUUACUGAAUGCGAACCUUGGUCAAAAGAUCUUGUCACUUUGCACAAAAUAUCAGCCAGAGUUGGCGGGUUGGGCGUCGAACGCAUUCUACAGCACAUAUCAGCCUUAUCAGUGGGCUUCCUCGAUCAGCACAGCAACAACAUGCAGUGGGAAGGCACGAUGUCGAUCGCUCAAAGCUAUAGCAACAAAU